AUGUAUUUAUCUUACCUUUUAGUCUUCUUUUCUUUUCACAGUGGUCUAAGUACCACUUGCCCAAGAAGAUGCAGCUGUGACCCUGCCCAGUCAGUGCAAUGCUACAGAGCUACGGAGAUCCCCAGAGAGAUUCCUUUCACCACCAGGAGACUCUACAUCAGUCACAGCAAAAUUAAACAACUCCAGAUCACUGACUUCAGGAGAAUGUCAGCCCUUGAAGAGCUGGUCCUGUCAUGCAGUGGCACAGAAUCAAUAGAAAACAACACUUUCAAAGCUCUGAGCACCUUGAGGACCCUGGAACUCUACAAAAAUCAGCUAAAGCAAAUACCCACCUUCCUCCCAUCUGGCCUUGAAAUUUUAAAACUCACUGAUAACUCCAUCAACACUCUGCAUGCGUCUGACUUUGAAGGUUUGAUGAAACUAAGGGUGCUUGAUAUUCGGAACAACUUGAUUGCGACUCUGCCUCCGAGUGCAUUUUCUUCCCUUUGCAAUUUACAGAGCCUGAUGCUGGAUGGCAACAACAUGGAAUCUGUGUCUGCACCACUUAAGCUUCCUAGUCUGAAGUAUCUGAGCAUGGCUGAUAAUAAACUGAACUCGUUCCCAACCAACUUCUUUGCAUCUUUCCAAAAUCUACACUUUCUCAGUUUAAGUGGCAACUUUCUGACAAAAGUGCCUCUUGACCUACCUAAAUCCCUGCUGUCACUAAAAUUAGAGAAAAAUCAACUUAAGACAAUAAGACUUCGAGACAUGAAACACCUAGAAAACCUGUCUGAGUUCUUCCUCUCAGAAAAUCAGCUAACAUCAAUAGAUGGUGCCCAGCUUCUUCCUAACUUAACAACACUGGAGCUCUCCAAGAACCAGCUCCACACUAUGCCACUCAGGCUGCCCAGCAGACUGCAGAAACUUGACUGCAGCAAUAACCUGAUUCAAAGGGUGACAGCGCAGGACUUCCAAGGACUACAAGACCUCAAGCACUUGUUUCUGGACAACAAUGCUGUUAGCAUGUUUGAGGCAGGAGCUCUUCAGCAGUGUGUGCAGCUUUCGAAUCUGGCGCUGGAACAGAAUCUCCUCAUUUCUAUUCCGCUGAGGCUUCCAGACACCCUUGCUAGAUUGGAUCUAAAGGGAAAUGACAUAGAGGAUGUUGGAGAACAAGAGCUGAAGGACUUGAAACAGCUUCAGGUUUUAAAUUUACGGAAUAACAAGAUAUCUGCCUUGGAUCGCAAAGUCUUAGAGUAUUUACCUCGUCUUCGUCAUCUGUAUUUAGAUGGAAACCCUUGGAACUGCACCUGUGACCUUCUCAGAACCAGAAGAGCGCUGGUGGCCAAAGGAACGGAUGUCAGGGGAGGGCAGUGCGCGGCGCCAGCAGAAAGCCGAGGAGAAAGUUGGAUGUCUUCCAAAAAGAUUCUGCAGCAAUGUGAAGAUAAUCUGUCUUCCAUAGAAAGAGGCAAAGAGGACAGAAAGAAAAUGAAACCCAAUGAGGCCUCCAGCAUUGGAGUAAACACAGAUGAUGAUUACUAUGAUUAUGAAUUGGAUUAACCCCAUGAUUAAUCUAUGGUGAACCUUAAAGUUGUCGAGAGCUGCCCACUACCACCAGCGUCUCUACUGACAACCAGCCUGCUGGUCUGCCAUUAACUUUUCCUCUUUAAUUUGUACUAUAAGAGGUAAUAGCUGGUGACAGAAGGGCUAUAGUAA